AUGACCAAGUCAGUUCUGAGGGAGCCGGUUCCAUGCAACGCCAGAAUGGAUGAGCUUCCGAAGUACUGGGAUAACCUAUCGGUAUUCUGCGAGGAGAUGGAUCUUGCACUGAUCGAGGAACUUCUUGCGGACAAGAUAGAUUAUGGUCGCCCUUCCCGGAAGGAAUCAAUUCCUCUGGCCUUACUUCACGAAGUUUUUGGUCAGCUCGUCGAUGACACGCAAGUGCACAUUCCCACCAAAGAGGACAACGACUUUAUGUCCGGACUCCGAGAAGAGAUGCUAAGGGUUCAUAGGUCCGAAUCUGCCUAUACUGCGAGGUUCAGAUUUAUAUGGGAGUGCCACAUCCGGGAUUUUCCAAUAAACCCAGGCAUCAUAGGGGCGCCUAACUUUGCUACCGAUGGUCAUUUUCGAAUUGGAAGGUUCUACCACCUUAUUGUGCAAGGGAAGCGGGAACUAGAUUGA